AUGUCCCUCUCUCCUACCUUAUCAAUACCCAGUGGCUCAGAGGUUCCUGCGAAACGCCGUAGAACAAACAGCAUUAGUGCGACAACAAACGGCGCGAAUCAGGUCGACAUGGCACAGUCGCCAAGCGACAUGUCUAGCACUCCUGUUCAGCAGCAACAUCAGCAAUCGUCAGCUAACAUACCUAAGCGAGGUGCGCGUGCUUGUACAGCAUGUCGAAAGGGCAAGAACAGAUGCGAAGGAGAGCCUCCAUGUCGGCGAUGUCAACUAAGCGGCACAACUUGCGUCUUCGAGAAACCAGAAAAGAAGAACGUACAAGCAAUGGCCGGCGCCAGUGUAGAGCGGCUCUCCAGGCUUGAAGGCCAGUACCUGGUUAUGCAAAGCCAGAUGAUUGGGAUGCAGUCCUCCUUGGACCGCAUUUUGUCCGCCGUACAGAACCAGCCUGGGCAACAAAAGUUCAACGCCCAGUCGUCCAGCCGGGACGGUUCUGGGUACCAAUCUCGCCAUGGCUAUGAAAGCCAUUCUGCAACCGAGUCAGAAAAGCAAGCUCAUCACAAAAGCUUCCCUCCUCUGCCUGGAUUUGCUCCCCCGCCCCACAAGUAUGCAACAUAUGGCAUCGUUCCAAGCACUGCUCCAUCUUCGGACGACGAGUCCGAAGACACGCUGCCCCGUGCAUCUUUGAACGCGCCCAUCGAAGCUCUCCAAGGAUUGGCGAACGCCGCCGCAGAGGCUGCAGCUGUUCCCUCGACAUCACCUCCACGCGUCAAGAAGCGCAAGAGGGCGGAGCCCAUCCCUCGUAAUGCCUUCCCUCAUGUCGUUGAAAAGGGUCUCGUCGCCGAAGCUGAAGCCAGAGAGCUAUAUCACAUUUUCUUCGCUGGUUGUCAUCUCUUCAUUCCUCUAUUCGACCCCAACUACGACACUUUUGAGAGUCUCAUGGAAAGAACACCCUGGACCUUUGACGCUAUCCUCGCUAUAGCUAGCAAAAUUAGGAGCGGCAAUGGCCCUCUUAGCUCUACAUUCUACAAAUGCCUCGAAGAGGCACAAGGCAUCGCAAGGUCGUCGUUAUUCGGGCCUGUCGUACGGAAGGAAGCGGUCAUGGGUAUGCUUCUCCUUGCUGCUUGGAGCACGAACGGAUGGCUGCCUAGUGGCCAUGCGAUGCGUAUGGCACUUGACUUGGGACUUCAUCGGGCACUUGAAAAACUUGCGGAAGACCAGGGCAAGACGCGAACAGAAGAGGAAGAACGUGAUCUAGUGGUCUCUGCUCGUAUCUGGUUAACCUUGUAUUGGUUUGACCAUCAAAUGAGCCUGGGCACUGGGCGGCCAAUCGUGCUGCGUGAUGAAGCCUCUAUAAGGCAUUGCCGUAUAUUACUAUCCCAUCCCAUGGCGUCGCCUACGGAUGUGCGUCUCAUUGCCCAAAUUGAGCUUAUCGCGCAGAAGACCCAAAUUUACGAGACUUUAGCGCCUCUGAAUGGACAAGUUAACCACAAUACGUUGGCCUUCAUUCGUCGUGCCAAUGUUGCGCUCGACAAAUGGUGGGCUGACUGUGAUGACCUUCAUCGUCAAACUAUGGACGAGGAAGCGUUGAUGCGCAAGAUCCUUGCUGGCGAGCUUCAUUACGCCAAAUUAUGGCUUGUAUGCGUUGCUUUGCGCGGCGCGUCAUGGGAUAAGAUGUCCUUUGAGCAACGUGAGCUCGCGUUUCAAGCGAAAGACGCUGCAUUCAACUGCCUGUCUGUGUUCUUGAAUUCCCCCGCCUAUCGUGCCGCCUUACGAUACGCUGUACACGACAGCCUGGUCACUGCAGCCUUCUCCGGCUUGUUCCUCCUCAAAAUGGCCAACCUAUUCCCCACGGAACUAGACCUAAAUGCCAUUACUGGUCAGGUCGAACAGCUUGCUCAGCUUCUCUCUGAUGUCGCCGCUGAAAGGUAUGCCCUCACGCUGAGGAUCAUGCUUGCGAACCUCCGACGUAAAAUUGGCUUCGUCAACGGAGGGAGCGGAAAUGUGCAAACGAUGCCUCCCCCGACCAUAGCAGAAGGCAUGAUCGUCUCUCCGCCAUACGAUGUACCGCAGAACGCCGUUCAGCCACCACCUUUCACGAUGGAAGAGCUCGGUUUCGCUUGGCCAAGCGACCGUGCCAUCUUCAGCCCGUCCGCAAUCCCUCUUUGGCUCCAGGAGCAGAAUCUGACGGACUUGGGCCUUCCGGUCAAUGGUUCGGAUGGCAUCUUCUUACAGAUGACUGGGUCAAACGGCUGGUCGGGCGACUUUGCCCCGAUGCCCGAAGCAUGGUAG